UUGUGGUAAAACGUACGUCAACGCUUGACGCUGACAUGUGACGUCAUUGUAGGAUGUGACGUAUUGAAUCUGCGACACAUUUCAGUUGUAUUGAAAAGAAAGCUCGAGACACCGCACUAUAAUGAAUUCUCGAGGGGUCCAAGAUCUGCUGAAAGACAGCGUACCUGUGGCAGGCUUGUGUCCACAGGGGGAAUAUGGAGUGCAUGAUACCCUGCGCAGUGGCUUCACCAGUGUAAAGAAUGACAUCCUUCCUUCACACCCACUGGAGCUAGCAGAAAAAAAUUUUGAGCUGAACCAAGACAAGAUGAAUUUCUCCACCCUCAGGAACAUCCAGGGUCUUCAUGCCCCUCUCAAAUUGCAGAUGGAGUACAGGGCAGCGAGACAGAUCCAGCGUCUGCCGUUCUUACAGAGCUCUAACCUCGCGCUUGACACACUCAGAGGAACUGAUGAAAACAUCGGCUUUGAGGACAUCCUCAAUGAUCCAACACAGAGUGAAAUGAUGGGUGAGCCACACAUGAUGGUGGAAUGCAAACUGGGAUUGUUUUAGAAUAUGAGAGAUUUAGGUUCUUGUUUGUUUGCUUACAUGCGCGCAUCUGAUGAAACUGAAGUGACAUCUUUUCUGUGAUUCCAAACUGGUUGGCAAAUAUAAUAAAUGUCUCUAAAAAUG